CGUGUUCUCAUUGUCAAAUCUCGCAAGCCUCGUCAACGAGAAGAAGCAGACAUGCCAGAGAACAACGCCAACGUGGAAGUCGGGCACGAGGAAGAAGUUGAAACGACAGACUUGAUCGAGAUGCAAGAAGAAUGUGCUUCAAACGCGCUGACGGACUCAUCCCAUCCCCCUGACAUGCCUGAAGGUGUGGAGGCAGAGGUUGCCAAUAACUUGCUCAUCACACAAGAUAAAUUCGGUGUCGCCAUGGACCUGCUGCAGAUGACGCAGUCGGAACUCUUUGCGCUUGGUCGUUCCUUUGAACUCAUGUUGGCAGCCUUGGGUGGUGACCGCGACCGUGUUGGGGAUGCGAUCUAUGGGGCCAAGACAAUGUCACUCAUGGCUGUCAAGGAGAGUUUCAUGACUCCGAGGGCGGUGUUGUCGUUAGCGUUGUUCAACGGUUUCAGGGUGCUUGGACACAAGAGCCAAGAUCCCGAAGAGUUGCGCCUCUUUGUGGAGACAAUGGCAUUCAAGCAUUUGGGACUGGAUAUCACUCUGGAUCGUGUAACCAGAGUCAUGGAUGCGUUUAUGGAACUCAUGCAGCAAAACGUGAAGGAACUUCCUGCAGGGAGCAAUUUGGCAUGGCGAAAGCUACUCACCUACACUGGAAGUUGUUUCAGGUAUAUCAACACAACCUACGGAGAGCGACUGAAGGUCAUUCAGGCAGACUGGCAGCAGAUCAACGCCGCAGCGGAACAUGAUACCGAUGAAAACCAUUCUUUUAAAGGAAUGUGUGCCUUCAGCAUGGGAAUCAUGGGCGAAGAAGCAGAAGGUUGGAUGCAAGAACUGCUGGAAGUGUUUGCAGUAUUGGUGGACCGGAUUUCCAAGCCUGCGAGUUUGUUGGAGGAGUGUGACUUACUUUCCAUCAACAUGAACAACCGCUACAAGGACAUCAAUUUUGACAAGUUCAAGCCGGUCAUGCUUGCUGCCCUCCGAUCCUUGCUUCCAAAGACCUGGAGCAUGACCCAUGAGACUGCCUGGGAGUGGCUGUGGUUCACCAUCAGCCGCAACCUUGUUGACGCUACCACCAAGGUGAAGGCCUACAAGGCGUACAACGCUCAUCUUUUCAGCACACUUGGAGAAGAGCAGUUCGAGCACUUCCGAACUACCAUUUACACAGAUUUCUUCUCAAAGUGCGCUACAAGCCAAGAGUGGUUCAAGCAGUCUCAGACAAGGCUUCGCUACAUUGCCGACAGAGUUCUGCGAUCUUCCUACGACAUGUACCAGAAGGCAAAAGAAGACAUGAUGGAUGAACUUUCUGCACUGGGCCUGCGUCAUGUAGGCUAUGGUGUUCCGAUCGAGCUCUUUGCGCCUUUCACCGACUCAUGCGUCAUUGUCAUGAAGCGAUUGAUUUCUGACGUUGCCAAAGACGAGAAUGUGAAGCUAAGCCUGAAAAUUGAAGCUGUUUCAACCAAGCAACAGGGAGCGCAGGAAACGGACGCAAGUGACCUGAUGCUGGAAGGUUUUCGCUGGUCAAUCGGCCUGGUGGCACGUGUAUUGAUGCGCACCAUUACCGAAGGCUCCACCGCAGUCAUGCAGUCCAUCAAUGCCGAUGAUGCGAAACUGCUCACCAAAUCGCUGAAGGAAGCUCCGAGAGCUGAGCGCAGCAACCUGCUGUUGAGAGUCCGUGUUGGCAGCCAAUGCAUUUCACCUUUGUAUUGGGCUCUCAGGAGCGGCGCCCACACUGCGGCAAAGACGAUGCUUCAGGAUAUGCUUACUAUCCGGGCAGACAGAGACCGGUACUACUACGGUGUUGACGACAUUUUCAGGCUCCAACCUGAUGUUGUCGAAGACAUUCUGCUUGAAGCACCGCUGCUGGCAGUGGUGCUUUUGGAUGGGCUUAUUUGGCGAUCUCACAAGACCAAGGACGGGCUGCGCCCAGUAAUAUACUACUUGGAGCAUUUGGUGAGAGAUACGGAUGAGACGAAGACAUUCUCCAGGGCCUUGAUCAGCUUCGUGAAGUACAACAAUCCAAAGACGAUUAUGCAUCCCAUUCUGGUCUUUGUGUUGGAGGUAUUGUGGACUCACCUGGCCAAGCGAUCCUUCUUCCUGGACCGUGUUUUGACAAUGAUCAGCUUUGUUGUCUUUCUCUUGGCCACCUGCUUCCUAAACCAGCCUCACAUGAUUGGGAACCCAACGGCCGAGACAUGUCUCGCUGUCGCCCGCAUCUUGGUCUACUCGUUGGGCUUCGUCCGGCUGCUCUACUGGCACACAAGCGAGUUUUUCAGGUCCUACCGCCACAAGGACCUGGAGAAGGUUUUCAGCCUGAACGUUCCGCGGUAUUUGAUGCGUGGGCCAGAGCUCUUCAGCUUUGCACUGAUGCUCAACAUGAUUGCUAUGAUGACGGUCGAGCCAUUAUUCCAUUGCCUUCGGGAUGAGGGCCGGAUCAGCUACACUUGCGGCGCUUGGAACGAUGAAAUGAGUCUUGCGUAUGAAAUGAUGACUGUUUUGGGAAUCUUCUUGUAUGCCAUCAUCGUGGCCGAUAUCGCCAAUAUUUCCAUCGAGUUGUGCGAGUUCAAAGUCUUGUGCACGCAUGCAGUGAAGCAGGUGGUGCUUUGCAUCAGUGUAGUCACUUGCAUUUUGCUUAUCUUCUCCUUUGCCAUCGCCAGCAUGACCCGGGAGGCAGCACUCUUGACAGGCAGUGAGUUCACCAACAUUGGAAGCAUCAUGACCACCUUGGUGCAGUUGGCUGUCGGUCUCAUGGACACGGAGAAAAUCCACAGCAUUUCUGGCGAAAGCCCGUAUCUCCUUAUAGUCGUCGUGGCUUACAUGCUUGUUGUCUACAGCUUCUUCUUCAAUCUCCUGGUGUCGCAGCUCUGCGGUGUCUAUUCUGGAUUGGCAGAAGACAUUCAAGGAUACGCCAUGCUUGCCAGGGGAGAAGUGAUUUUGGACACGCUGAAGGCUAUUCCAAUGAAGCGCUGGCAAGCUUUUCUGACAUCAAUGGGCUUAGACCAGAAGGUAGAUUUUGAAGAGGGCGACAUUGGCCUCGCAGGAGGCGUCAAAACCUGGGAGCCGGCUUUGACACAUCCCAUCACCCAGGAGCGACAGAUGAGGUUGAGGUUUCGCAUUGGAAAACUUACAUUGAAAGAGUUUGGAAAUCAAACACAAGGUGCGCACCCUUCACGCCAAGCUUAUUGCUUGUGCCUGUCUGAACUGAAUGCAGGGCAGCGCACGGAACAAGGCAUAGAUCUGCUUGUGUCUAGCGUUCGCGUAUGUAUCUCUGUCCGUCCGUCCGUCCGUCUGUUUGUUUGUUUGUUUAUAUAUCUGCAUGUAUCCGCGCAAACGUAUGCAAACGUUUGUUUGUGUAACCUCUGUUGUGGUGUAAAAAUUGUUCUUCCUUUUAUGUGCCGCUUUUGCCUCCUAUUCAUUUUAUAG